AAACAAAUGGAAACAAACAUAUGAUAACUGAUUGGGUUUUCUUAAUUUUCUCCUCGUUAAUUAUGAUUAAAUUAAAUUUUCUAUUUUAAUUUAUGUUAACUAGUCCUUUUUAACCUCUCAAUAUCCUGUGAUUAUCUAAAUUGUGGUUAAUCUUAAGAAACUGAUGAUUGCUGCUGAUCAAAUCAACUCAUCUGUUGACGGAUCUCUUGACAAUGACCUUGGUUAUCUUGACCAUUCCUCUACCUCACAAGUAACUCAAUCUCCAAGUCGGAGUAUCAUUAGUCAGGAUAGUAAUCUACCCCCUGAUGAUAUUAUUGACAUUCAAAAUGGUAACUCUGGACAGGAUACAGACACGGAUAGUGAAACUGUCAAGGAUCUAGAUGAUUGUUCAAAUAAUAAAGGGAAAGGUGAAAAUCUUGACCAAGAUGACACCAUUAAAGUGACCACUCUAAGGUCAAUAUCGUCACAAUUAAGAGCUGCUUACGUUCAAAAAACUGAUGCUGGUGUAGCGACAUGUUUAACAGUUAGUCAAGUUUAUAUUGCCGUUGGAACAGCUCAUGGUGUCGUUUUCUGUUUCGAUAAACAACAAGUGAUGAGAUGGUGUUUACGUAAAGAAGGUCUAACCGAUUCUGUCACCAGUAUUGCGAUUCGUUAUGAUUCAACCCGAUUAGUUACCGGCUAUUCAAAAGGAUCUCUUGGACUCUGGAGUCUCGAAAACGGUCAAAUCAUCUCGUUAUUUUCGGGUCAAGAUGUCAAUUAUGCGACACCGCUACUUCUUAAGUUCACCUCAGAACCUGAUUUGAUGGUUUUCAGUAAUACUGGAGGUUCAGUUUUCCAGGUAUGGGUUCGAAAAAGGUCCAAAUCACUUGAACCAAUUUGCAUUUUCUCUGGAAGUCGAGGAGAAGUUCUUCAUUUCGAUACACUGACCAUUCCAACGAGCCUUCAACAUCGAUUCUCUUUCCUUAACAAUCUCUGUCUCAUCUCAUUAGCGACUGUCACCAAAAUCAUCGUCAUCUCACUUUUACCCUCACCGAAUGUGCAUUUCUAUCAUCCUCUUGAGGCUGAUCCUAAAUCUCCUCCAAUAAUAAAUUGGAAAUUUGUCUCUAUUCAAACUAACACCAAUGAUCGAGUUCUAGAUCCCGUUCUAGCUUUCGGAAGAGGUCAAAUUUUCAGCAUCUAUCAGGUUUCUGUGAAAAAUGGACGCGAAUUAUCAUUCAUUUUUUUACGUCGAUUUAAUUUAAGUUACACUUUAAUCAACAUGUUUUGGUUUACAUCGAAAAUAAUUGCAACUCUGGAUAAAUAUUUUCGUCUUCAUGUGAUUGACAUUAAAUCGGGAAAUGAGAUUAGUAAUAUUGACAUAAGUCCAGUUGAUUUAACCUUUUCUACUCAAUUUUUUACUGGUUUUCACAUCGAUGGACAGGUCAGUGGGGCCAUGGCCGCUGCUGGUACUCAAGCUUGUUACAAUUCAACGAUAGUCACCUCAUCUAAUUCAUCAUUAUCACACAUCUCAGUUAAUCAAUUGUUAUUACUUGGUCGUGAAUUAAUGGUCAUGUACUCAUUACGUCCAUGGGAUAGCAGAAUCGAUUGGUUUAUUUCAGAGGAAAAUUAUUCUCAAGCCUUGAAUUUAUCUUUAUCCAUUUACAAGGGUGAAGCUGAAUCAAUCAUCGGUUUAAUUGGAUCUCGUAAUGAACGGAAAUCAACCAUAGCAGAUAAAAUCAUCUCACUUAUCGACGAGUAUUUAAAUUAUCUAAUCAAUCCAUCAUUACCUUUUAAUUAUACCAUUCCAAUCGGAUAUAAGUCAUUAUCAUCAUCCAUUUCAUCAACCAUUCAAGCAGCUCUUUCAAUUGAUAGACCAAAUAUCUUAUGGGAAAUAAUUUAUGAAAGAUGUAAACACAAUACAGUAACUAGUCAAAUCUAUCUUGAUUCAUUGAAAGGCCACAUAAUCAAAGGAUCAUUGAAUUCAAUUCCACCGGUGAUAGCUAAAGAUUUGGUCAACUUAUAUGAGAAGAGGAAAAGUUUCAAUUCCCUUGAAUCAUUAAUAAUUUGCCUUAAAAUUGAUUGUCUUGAUAUUCACCAAGUAACAACAAUUUGCCGUAGUCAUAAUCUACACCGAGGAUUAAUUUACAUCUACAAUGAAGCAUUCAAUGAUUAUACUACACCAUUGGAAUUGUUGUUAAAACUAAUUUCAUCUAAAUUGUUGAACAAUGAAAUUUUAACCAAAGAUGAUAUCGAUCUGGGUAAUACGAUUUUACUUUAUAUCAGUUGCUGUUUAACUGGACGAAAGUUUCAUGGUGGUUCGGAUAUUCCUGAAAGUUUAUCUACUCAAGUUCGACAGGAAACAAUUAAACUUCUCAUACGAUUUAAAAAUCCACCGGAUUCAGAUAAUCAUGAUAACGGAAUUUUGGAUUGUACAUUUUAUCCUAAUCUCAAAGCUUUACUCCUUUUCGAUGGUAAAGAUUUUCUCAAUGUUCUAGCCUUGGCCAUGGACAAAGAUGAAUUCGAUGGCGUUGAAGGAUUAACCUUAACCGAGGUUUUAAUUCAUGUGAUGAUGGAAAGUUGUGGAUUUACUUCAACUCAAAUCGCUUCAUUGUUCAUCUUCUUGGCAAGAAUGAUAGCCAAGCCGAGAAGUUACAUUAAAAUGAGCGAUGAAUUAGUUAACCAGAUUGUUGAAUCUUUAACAGAGACUUCGGAUCAAAGUGAUAUUGAAGAGCGUCAACAAGCGUUAAUGCAAUUAGUUACUUCGGAUAAAGUUAAUUCUCUUAUGAUUGAUCGUAUUUUAAUUUCCGCUGAAAAGGCUAAAUUCUUUCAAGUUUGUGAAUACAUUUACUGGCAACGUAAACAAUAUCCUCAGCUAUUAACUUGCUAUUUGUCUGAUCAAUUUUUAAAGAAUCAAGUGUUUACUCUUAUUGAACGGGUUAUGUGUUUAAACGAGGAAAAGAUUCAAUUCUUAAAAUGUAUUUGGAAUAAUAUUGGAAAAUUGAUCGAGAUUAAUUCAAGUUUGUCGACAAAAUUACUUUUAGAUUAUUUCAUUCCAACAAAUGAUUUAGAAAAUCUUCUUAAUUCGCUUGAAUCAAAGCCGCUCGAUCUAAUGAGAGUUUUAAAAUGUUUAAUUGAUUGUGAUCAGUCAACUAAUUGGUCUGUCAAAGAUUCACCGUUAAUAUCUAAAUGUUCAAUUCUAUUUGAACCUUGGAUCCAUGAGAGAUACAUUGAAUUACUUUGUAAAUAUGAACCAGAUGAAGCUGCCCGUUUCUUGCAAUCAACUUCAACUUAUCGGCCGAAAGUGGCUCUUCAAAUAUGUACCAAAUCGGAUAAUCAACAAGCUAAAGCCAUUUUAUAUGAGAAAGAAGAUAAAUUCACCGAAGCAUUGGAUUUACUAUUGGAUAAAUUAGACAAAGAUUUAAUCCUAAUCAAUAAUGAUGAGACAAGUGAUCAAUUGAAAGAUGAACAACUUUUUAAAAAGUUAUUCUCACAGUUUGAGAAUUUAAUUCAAUUUGCUCAACGAUGUUCGGAAAAAUUGGACAAUCCAGAGAAUCGGGAAUUCCUCUGGUAUCCUCUUCUCCAAAGAGUGACCUCUUUCCACGAGAUAACGGACAAACUUUAUCCCGAAUCCCGUUCAUUUUCAAUCGACCUGUGCAAUAACAUGUUCAACAAUAUGAUGGGUUAUAUUUCAAUGUUAACACUAUUAACAUGGAUUCUUGAAUCAUCAAUUACCGAUAGUGAAUCGAUUGGACAAUUUUCAAAGAUUCGUUACCUGUUAACCGCCAUGUUGGAUGCAUACAAUUACGAGGCCAGUUUGUUGACCGCUUAUAAUGAUACAAUUAAAAGUGAAUUGUAUCGUUCAUUGUCAAAUUAUGUUUACCUUUCUAAAAAAGGUUUCAUCAUAAAAAGUAACAGUAAAUGUGGACUUUGUAACGGGAAUUGUAAUUCCUCCAGUGAGAGUUUAAUUAUCUUCCAAUGUCAUUCUUACCAUGUUGAUUGUUUAUCGAUUGAUAAUCGUAACCUAGGUUGUCCUCUAUGUAAUCAAAAUUCAUCGUUGAUUAAAUUAAAAUGUAACGAUGAUGAUGGAAGUGGAUCAAAGAUCAAUCUGACAACGACAAGGAUCCAAUUGAUGAAAAACAACAACAACAAUUAACAAAAAGUGCUGCUAAUCAACCAAUGAAAACAAUUUACGAUGAGUUUGUUAUUGAUGAUAUCGAGGAAAUUGAAGAUAAUAUUAAUUCACUCAACAAUAAUCCUGAUAAAUUUAAAGAAUGGGAAAGAUUGUCUAAUCAUUUACGAAAUGAUCUAAUUCCGAGACCACUUGGAAAAUUAAACAAGAUUCAAUUAAAAUCGACAAUCAAACAAUUUAAUCAGCCCAAUCUAACGUUGAUUCCUCGAGGUUAUCUUUCAUAACUUAUCAAUGGUGCAAUCAAACAGUAUUAUUAUAAAUAGAGAUACAAUUAACUGUAUCACAAUUAACCAAGAAAAUGUGAUCAUGAUACACAAUUGAUUUAACCUUUACGAUUAAGAUCAAUGUUUGUCUUGACAAAAAAACGAUUUAAUUCAAUUGUUGUUUUGAUAACAAAAUUGAUUAUUUGGUAAUCAUAAUUGAAUUUGUUGUUGAAAAAAUAUUUAAAUUAAAUAUUAAUUUCAAUUUGUA